AGCGCCGCGUGUGUGUAUGCAUCUUCUUUUUUAUUCAAAGAUCAAUUUCAGGUUAUUUUCGUCGCACAGCUGAUUUGCGUGUACACAUUCAUUGAUACCCUACGCAUUGACAUAUCUAUUCUCAUUUCCGUAAAAUUCAUUUCAUUUAACGGUGACUCACCAAACGAUGGCGAGUUCGGAAGACAAAUCGCAGAGGUUACAGUCCAACGAAGAGGUCAUAGAAGAACUCACCAAAGAUCUAGAAAGUUCUUGCAUCCGAGUGGACAAUUCUUCCGAUAUGAACGCGCGAGCGAAGGGCGAUCCAUGGGACAUCGUAAAUAAGGAAUGCAAGGAGGAUAGUAAUGAUAAUGUACAAAAUAUAGAGGAGGAUGUAAACGAGGAGCUCCUUAAGGAUAGAGAUCUGUUACUCACAGAAAGUGAGCAAGAAGCAUUGAAAAGUGAAGCAGAGACUUUAAAACAGGCAGGCAACGAACUUUUUAAAAAUGGUGAAUAUGUACGAGCGAUAUCGCAAUACACACAAGGAUUGCAAACUUGUCCUUUAGUAUACAUCAAAGAAAGAUCUAUAUUGUAUGCAAAUAGAGCAGCAGCAAAAGCAAAAUGUCAGACAGAGAAGGAUUCAGCGAUAUCUGAUUGUACCAAAGCCAUUGAAUUAAAUUCAAGUUAUGUAAAGGCAUAUAUAAGAAGAGCACAGUUGUAUGAAGAGACGGAAAAAUUGGAUGAGGCAUUAGAAGACUACAAGAAAGUAUUAACAUUUGAUUCUAGUCACACAGAAGCUAAUCAUGCUGUCAGGAGGUUACCUCCAUUAAUUAACGAAAGAAACGAGAAACUAAAAGCAGAAAUGUUGGGUAAAUUAAAGGAUCUAGGAAACAUGGUUUUAAAACCUUUCGGCCUUUCUACGAAUAACUUUGAAUUGGAGAAGGAUCCCAACAGUGGUGGUUAUUCCGUAAAGUUUCAUCAGAACCCCAUGUAAUAAGCUAGUUAUUCAUAAAAAAAAUUAUGGAUAAAAUUUGUCCUUUACCUGUAAGAAAUUAAGAUAUAUUUAUAUAUUCUGCACGAUCCUAUUAUGGAUUUUAUCCCUCACUCUGUAAUUAAAUAUAGACAUUAAUGAAGUAUU